AGGAAGUUCUGCCGGACACAGAGCAGUGUGCAGCUAGGGAUGGCUCACUCCCUGGCUCCUCUGAAUCUGAAGAAGGAGGGGUAUGGGGGAGCAAGGGGGGAUCAUGGCCCGACCUGGGGACAGGGACUCCAGCUGCAAGGGAACAGCAGAGGCGGAGGCUGGGAGCAGCUGUGCAGGCAGUUCCGGCAGUUGCGCUAUGAAGACACCACGGGCCCCCGUGAGGCGCUGAGCCGGCUCUGGGAGCUCUGCCGACGGUGGCUGCAGCCGGAGACGCACAGCAAGGAGCAGAUCCUGGAGCUGCUGGUGCUGGAGCAGUUCCUGACCAUCCUUCCCGGGGAGCUGCAGGCCCGGGUGUGGGAGCAGCACCCAGCCAGUGCAGAGGAGGUGGUGGUUGUGCUGGAGGGUUUGCAGCUGGAGCUUGGAGCACUGGAACCACAGGAUCCAGACCAGGCAAAGAAACAGAAAAUGCCGGUGGGGGAAACGGUGCCCCUGAAAGCAAAGCAGAAGCAGCAGGUCCCACAGGAGUGUGAGGCAAAGUCUGAGAAGGAGAAGGGGGAGAAGAAAAGGACAGAGAAUGGGAAGCUGUCUGUAGAGACAGACUCUUGCAGAGGAGUGGAGUCCCCCAGGAAAAUUGACCAGCCCUUGGACGCAUGUUGCACAGACUCUUUCACGGAGGGGCAGCAGACGAAGCCUCAGGAGAAGACUGGCCUUCAAUGCCCAGGACGUGGGGAGGGAUGCACCCAGCACUCAGAUCUGAGCAAACAUGAAGGUGCGUGCCCAGGAGAGAAACUCUGUGACUCUAACGUGCUUCCACAUGCCAGUCUUACUGGACGUCAGAAAAUUGGCUCCAGAGACAAAGGCCAUCAGUGUCAUGAGUGUGGGAAGGCCUUUCAGAGAAGUUCACACCUUGUCAGACAUCAGAAAAUCCAUCUUGGUGACAAGCCUUAUCAGUGUAAGGAGUGUGGGAAAGUCUUCAGCCAGAACGCAGGCCUUCUGGAACAUCUCAGGAUCCACACUGGUGAGAAACCAUAUCUCUGUAUCCACUGUGGGAAGAACUUUCGGCGCAGCUCCCACCUUAAUCGACACCAGAGGAUUCACAGUCAGGAGGAGCCCUGUGAGUGCAAGGAGUGUGGAAAAACCUUCAGCCAGGCCCUUCUCCUCACACACCACCAGAGAAUCCAUAGUCACUCCAAAAGCCACCAGUGCAACGAGUGUGGGAAAGCCUUCAGCUUGACCUCAGACCUUAUUCGACACCACAGGAUUCACACUGGAGAGAAACCUUUCAAAUGCAGCAUAUGCCAGAAGGCCUUCCGACUGAACUCACACCUUGCUCAGCAUGUGAGGAUCCACAAUGAAGAGAAACCCUAUGAGUGUAACAACUGUGGAGAAGCCUUCAGGCAGAGGUCAGGUCUUUUUCAACAUCAGAGAUAUCACCACAGGGACAAAGUGGCUUGAUGAGGUGGCCACAUGAAGGUACAGGAGAUUUAACAAAAAGCACUUUCCUCCAAGACACAGGACAUUUGACAAAAAGCACUUUAGGAAAAGUCACUCCAGCCCACUCUGACUUCAGAGAAUGCUUGGGGGCCAAGCUGGAGCCUCACUGCAGUCAUCCUUUCUCCUUUGUUUUCCCUUGAAGUCAACUUUGGACCACAGUCAUUUGACAGUUCUCUGGAAUGAAAGCGGAACACCAUUCUUCACUGCAGGACUCUCGGUCAUUUCUCAUGGCAGAGGCAGGACUCUGCAUCUCUAAAUAGUACAGGGCCUCGGGAUUGAGUGAGGACUGGAAAAUCAGUGAAUCAAGUGUCCACAGAUUUACCGACUUAAACAAAACAAGAGCAGGUUGAUAUUUUUGCAUCAGACCCCUGUAUAAUAAAACUAAUGAUGUUUGGAAAUAUAUCACCGUCAAAGCUUCCCUCAAGUGUUGGUUAACGGCGACCAUUUUCCCUCACUGGCUUUAUUCCCCACCCCGUGCCCACUGUUGUUACCCCCAUACUCCCUGCCCCCCAGCAGCACAAAUAUUGUGGAAAGCAAAGAGAAUCUAGUUUUACCAAUGC